AAGCGCUCCCUGUCUAGCAUAUUCAUCCGACCUCAUCAUCAUCACUCCCAGAUGACGGACAAACUACCCCCGCAGCUGCUGCAGCUGUUCGCUCCAAGACCAGCAUUACGAUACCUUCCGCCAUGCGACCACGCCCCCGAGGACCGUCGCACCCCUAAGAUCUCUGGUGUUGCGCAAUACGUCCAGGCCGCAAAGGAAUACGAAGACAACUACGUCCCCACCGAGAGCUGGCUGCAAAGGAAGGACCGCGAAAAGUUGGAGAGAGACCAGGCUGCUCAAUACCGCAUCACCGAGGGCUACAAGAACGAAUUCAAGCCCCAUGAAGACCCUAACGUCGUCGGCGAUCCGCUAAAGACCCUCUUCGUUUCUCGCCUCAGCUACAACACCGAAGUCAAGGACCUGGAGCGCGAGUUCGGUCGCUACGGUCCCAUCGAGCGCAUCCGCCUCGUCGAGGACACAACCACAGCUACCCCUAAGAAGAAGCACCGCGGCUAUGCUUUUAUUGUCUUCGAGAGAGACUCUGAUAUGAAGGCUGCCUACAAAGACGCCGAUGGUAUUCGCAUCAAAGACCGACGAAUCCUGGUCGACGUUGAACGUGGUCGCACCGUCAAGGAAUGGCGUCCACGCAGAUAUGGUGGUGGUCUCGGUGGCCGUCACUACACAAAAGCCGCCCCCCCUCGUCCCUCCGGAUACGGCGCUCCCUCUGGACCCGGAGGCUUCGGUGGCGGUCGCGGCGGCGGCUUUGGAGGCGGCGGUUUCAGAGGAGGCUUCCGCGGUGGAAGAGGUGGAGGUGACAGAGGCGGCGGUGGCUUCAGAGGAGGCUAUGGUGGAGGCGACAGAGGUGGGUAUGGGGGCGGCGGCGGCGGCGGCGGCAGAGGUGGCAUCGGCUUCGGCAAUGGCUUCCCAGAAGGUGCCCCGUCCGGUCCUCGUGGCCCAAGAGGCGGCGGUGGAGGCUUUGGAGGCGGUCGUGAUGGCGGCUACGGAGGUGGUCGCGAUGGAGGCCGUGACGGAGGCCGUGACGGAGGCCGUGAUGGGGGUCGCGACAGCUACUCGGGUGGAGGCUCAAGAUACGGCGACAGACCGCCACGCGACAACUUCGGCGGCAGCGGCGGCAAUCGAGAACCAAUUGGAGGUGGUGAUCGUGGUGGCGGCUACCGCGACCGUGACCGCGAACGCGACAACGAUCGCAAGCGCCCUUACGACGGAAAUGGCGGCUACGACGAAUCACGCAAGCAAAGAAGGUACUGAGCUCAGCAUGCGGAUCUCUAUCUGGGGUUUGUUGCCACUCAUUGUCUCUGUCCUUCACGCAUACACGACCCUGGAGAGGCUUGGAGAAGGACUCGACCCUACCAUCAAUUCAUCAAUUCUAUUGUACUCAAACAAAUCGACG